GUCACACUAUCAACCAUUGGUUACGGCGAUCGCGUGCCGAUCACAUGGCUGGGCAAACUGAUCUCGUCGCUAUUCACGGUGUUAGGUGUGGCCAUAUUCGCACUGCCGGCCGGUAUUAUCGGCACCGGAUUGGCCCUAAAGGUCGAGGAGGAGGAGCGUAACCAACAGCGCAAGAAGAAAAAAGUGGCCGCAGCUGUGCUCAUACAGUGCAUGUGGCGAUGCUAUAAGGCUAACGCCAAUUAUGUGGCCGUUUCAUCGUUUUUCAAACACAAACCAAUGGAUUUGUUUAAACGUCACGAUUACGAGAAUAUUGCGAAUAAGUUUGUCAGAUUGACCAAGUUUUUUAUC